GGUAUUGAAUAUGGGGUAGAUAUAAAUUAUUAUAAAUGUACUUGAGGGUGGGUUUAAGCUAGACCGAUCAGUCUGGAAAUAUACAUACUACGCACCACACGCCGUCUUUUAUUUAUCAGUGGCUGACGAGGAUAUUAUUUAAAUCAACAUGUCGGUGGGGAAAAUUCGAGAGUUUGACGUCCAAAGUGGUAGCUGGAGAUCAUAUUGUGACAGGCUGGAGAGCUACUUUGUCGUCAACGACGUAAAAGAUGAGCGGAAAUUACCGACAUUGAUUUCAGUGGUCGGUGAGACAGCUUACGAAUUGAUGGUGAAUUUGUGUAGCCCAAAGAAGCCAGCCGAGAUGACCUUUAAAGAGGUAGUAGAGGUAAUGGGAAAGCAUCUGGAACCAACUCCUUCGGUGCUAGCAGAACGUUUCAGAUUUCGUCAGUACCGACAGGUCAAAGGUCAAACAGUGGCGCAGUACGUGGCGGAGUUAAAAAAGAUGGCGCGGUUUUGUGGUUUCGAAGCAACUUUAGACGAAAAUAUGCGAGACCAGUUUGUGUGCGGACUAUCCAGUGAUAUAAUACGACAGCGAUUGUUUGCGGAAACUAAAAUAAAUUUCGCGAAAUCAGUGUCAUUAGCGUUAUCUCUUGAAGCGGCCGAGCGGGAUUCGGUAGCGGUCGAAAGGGGAGGCGGCGGAGCAGCCAUAUGUGGCUUGGCAACAGAGGCCCCUAUGGCACAAGUGCAUAAUGUUCGCUUGGCAGCGGCGGGAUGCAUGGCGUGCGGUGAUUUUCGUCAUGAGCAGGCUCACUGUAAAUUUAACAGUUACGUGUGUAGUCGGUGCAAUGUAAAGGGGCAUUUGCGUCGCAUGUGCCCAACCAUGACCGACGGGAUACGUGGACAGGUAUCCGCGUCUAGAGGCAAUAUUCAGGGUGGCGGUACAAGGACUUCAGCCGGACGUGGCCGAAGCGGAGCCACUCGUUACGGGCCGGGAACAGCGGCCACUCCCGGUGGCAGCGGAGCGCGUGGUGGUCGCGCUAGAAACAGCUGGGGCAACUCACGAGUGCACUGGGUGGCUGAAGAUGGGCAGUUGGACCAGGAGGAAAUACCGUUCGGGGUAAACGACGGAAGCGAGGAGCCCAUUUACCAAAUGAGCCUCGACAAAUAUAGACCGGCAUAAAGAAAUAUUCGAUGGGACCUUGGGUGCGUUCACCGGCGGCCGGGCUCGGCUGCGCGUACGGCCGGACGCGGCGCCCGUAUUCUGUCGCGCGCGCCCCCUGCCCUACGCGCUGAGGGACCGCGUCGACGCUGAGCUCGACACCAUGCUGCGCGCCGACGUCAUCGAGCCGGUGGAGCACUCGGACUGGGCCACGCCAUUGGUAAUUGUAAAUAAACCGGACGGAUCGUUACGUUUGUGCGCGGAUUAUAAAUCCACUUUGAAUCGCGUUUUAUUAGUAGACAAAUUUCCAAUUCCUAAAAUUGAAGACCUGUUUUCCCAGCUUAGCGGUAGUAGGUAUUUUACUAAGUUAGAUUUAUCACAAGCCUACAAUCAAAUUAUAUUGGAAGAUGACGGUUCUAGAGAUUUAACGGUAAUUAAUACGCACCGGGGAUUGUUCAGGUAUAAGCGUUUAGUAUAUGGCCUCUCGUCUAGCCCGGGUAUAUUCCAAAGAAUCAUGAGUAACCUUUUGAAGGAUAUCCCUAACGUGACUUUUUUUUUAGAUGACAUUUUGAUAACUGGGGAUACUUUAGAUUCACAUUUAGGUAGCCUUCGGCAGGUAUUAGAAAGAUUAAGUAAAAAUGGGCUAAGGAUAAAAAAACAAAAGUGUUCCUUUCUGGUACCAGAGGUUAAAUACCUGGGAUUUGUGAUUGAUAAAAAUGGGGUUAGGGUAGACGAAGACAAAGUUAGGCCAAUUUUAACAACGUCUCGACCUAGGAAUGUUUCCGAACUUAAGUCGUUUAUAGGUAUGGUAAUUUUUUAUGGAAAGUUCAUACAAAACCUUAGUGAAAUUUUAGCGCCUUUAUAUGAAUUAUUAAGGAAACAAAGGAAGUGGACGUGGUCGGUCGAACAAGACAGGGCAUUUAACAAGGUUAAAAAAAUGUUGAGCGAGGCGCCGGUUUUAGGACAUUACGAUGCGGAUCGGGAACUGGUUGUCACCUGUGACGCGGGACCCUACGGCGUGGGCGCCGUGCUGGCCAUGCGCGGGCGCGCGCGCGG